AUGUCGAACAGUGCCUCAGAGGCCGGCAACAGGCUUGAUCAUUUGCCCCGAGGGCCUAAUCCAAUCAGCAUUCUUUGUUAGGCCGCCUUUCACUGAUUUGCGCGGUCUUUGUUUAAGACGGGAAUGAAGUUAGUGAAAGUUGGGAACCUGGGUCCAAGAGUCCUGGGAAUGACCAUGUUCUCCAAGGGAACGGAAACAUUCAAGAAAGGAAGUGUAAUGUUUUUAUUUCAGAUAUCCAUACCCAAGGCGGAUCAAUCGGGAUGAAAUGGAAGAGCUCGUUUUGGCUGAUGGUAAGUGUUACAACAUUCUCUUUACAUAGAAUUGACAAAGUGUUGAUAUUUGGUAGAAUUUGAGCUUAUGACUUUGAUCUAACAAGGGGUUGGGGCCGAACAACACUCCGCCUUUCAAACAACCCCUUCAUUUUGAACAAUUUUGCAAAAUAUGGGACGAUGAAGUAGAAUUCGGAAGCUUUAAGUGCAAAAAUGUAAAUAAAAGAAAAGUAAAAAAUUAAAUCUUGAACAAAAUUAUAAAUUCGAGUAUUGAUACCUGCAAAAAUAAUUUUAUACGUGAAAAAUGUAAACCCAAGUGCAAUAAUUGUGUAUAAUUUUCCAAAGGUAAUAGUGAAGUUCUGAAGGAAAGCGGCUACUUUCUUUGAGAAAGAGUUCAACAAGGGUGUUUGUCUGUGACGUAACAGUGGAAGUACUCAAAGUGCGACGCUCGGAUUUUGAUGAAACUACGGGUCUAGGCCAAAUGUAAAUCUCCAAAAAUCUUAGCUCGCGCUUUGCAGGCGCAGCCGAGAUAUUUCACAAUCAUUGCGGCCGAGAGCGUACGCAAAAGGCGGGGUGCGACCAGGGAUAAAAACACUUUUUAGACGUAUAAGCAUGUAUUUGCCAGCUUUGAGAGAAAAUUGAUUUUUUGGGGAAAAAUUACCCUCUAUAAUAGAAAUAAGCAUAUAACAUGUCAUGCCAAAAAAAGUUACUUAUUUUUUUCAAUUUUCGACAGUACGACCUUUAGAAAUUUCGGUUGUUUCUGCAACGCGCGAGCUAGGAGUCUCGCAUAUGCCGUCAAAAUUUUUCUUAAUUUGUAUUAAGUUUGAUCGAAAUGUGCCCGUCGCAUACUUCCCCUGUUAGAUAUUCUCCCUUCCUCACAUUGAAUUUAUAAUAUUUAUAUGUUUACCUACCGCAUAUUGACUACACAGACCUAGUACUUAAACGUAAGAACAUGGGAGCCGAAUAUUUAGAACACUGGAUUUGUGAGAAGGGGUUCAUUAGUCUACUGUAACUUGAUUUCAGCUAAGCUGCAUGAGUUUGUUGGUCCAAGGAGAUCUCCAUUUGUAUAAUUAUCUAUUCAAAAACUAUCGAAAAGAGAUUCGUCCAAUAAACACACAGAAUCCGAGUAAGUAGCUGUGAAUUGUUAAAGAAUAUUAUCAGCCUCGACUAAUGUGACUGUCCAAUUAUUUCUGAAACAAAUCCAAAAAGUGAAAGAGAGUGACCAGACCCUAUCCCUGUAUUGCUGGAUCGAAAUGUAUUGGACUGAUUUUUACUUGAAAUGGAAUGAAAAAGAAUUCAACGGGACCAAGGAGCUGAUCGUGCCGGUCUCUGAUAUCUGGAAACCAGAUCUCUUGGUCUAUAACAAGUAAGAGUAUAGUAAAGCGAGCAUAGUAUUCCAGUGCCCAUAUGAAUGUGGAGGCGAACCAAUUGGAGACGAAUGCGGUUAUAAAAAGUGACGGCAGAGUGAGUGUCUACAGGGCCAUGGUGACACAAAUUACAUGUGUUCUCAAUCUGUAAGUCGUCUAGAGACAGCCAUCCCAUUCGUCACGAAAAUUAAAACGAUUCGAUAAAUUUGUAUACAUAGAGCGGGAUAAGUAUCUCCCUUUAUUAUAUAACAUUUUUUUAGUGAUGAUUUCCCUUUCGACCAACAGAUCUGUUACAUAAUGCUAUCUUCAUGGAGUUAUGAUGGAUCGGGGAUAAUGUUGGACACAUUGGUCCCAGCAAUCGUCGACAACUCCCAAAAUGACAUCAAUAAAAUUAGCACUUUGGCCCAUUACAUGGAGAACUCGGAAUGGCAAUUAAAUGACUUUAAAAUACGCAGAAAUCUAAAGUAGGAGGGUAGAUGUCGUAACGUGGUUGUAGCUCUCGUCUUGACUCUCUUCCUUUGCAGAUACUAUGAAUGUUGUCCCUAUGCGUUUCCUGAUCUGACUUACUUCUUCUCCAUUCGUCGCAAUCCCAUGUAUUAUCUCUUUACUCAGUUACUGCCGAGUUCGUUCAUUAGCGUGGUAAGUGUGGCCACUUGCAAUAACUGAUACUACUUUUGCAGAUCACAAUCAUCGGCUCCUUCACUCCGCAUCACACAACAGGAGAGAAUCAGGAAAAGAUUACUCUGGGCGCGACGGCCGGCAUGGCCAUUGUCAUUAUUUGUAAGUUUAUUGAAAUACGAAGUGCUUAAAACAAGGAAUUUAUCUGAAUUCUCGAGGCUUGGCCUCCAAGCGCCAUAAAUUAAACACUGAUAAUUCUUUGCGUCUGUAAUCAAAGCUCUUAAACUUAUCAACCCUUGGAACUAGAUUUUCUUCACAUGUUGACCUCGGCGUAGUUAAUACUAUUAUAGUUCAUAGCAAUUUUUAUUAAUCUAAAUUUCAGUAAUGAUGAUAGCGGACAAACUUCCGGCCACUUCGAAUACCCUCCCAUUGCUCGGCAAGUUCUAUGUCGGAUUAAUCUUUAUCAUCUUCUUCGGCACCAGCUGUACUACUGUGGUAAUGAGCAUACAAAUGAGGGGGAAUCAAGGGAAGCCGAUCCCGGAAUGGCUGAGAACGAUGAUCAGGAACAGCCGAGUAUUACAGUACAUCUUCAAACAUGUGGAUACUAGAAGUAGAGCAACUGUAAGUGCUUCGGGAUUACAAAAACGGUGGAACACAAUAUCCUUGUAAUCACAAUAUGAGUUAAUAAAAAGCUUUCUUCAGAAAAGACAAUGCACUUGCAUGAAGAGAUCUAGCUCGUAUUUUGUGAAGUCGGAAAACGGAGAUUGCAAAUGGGUAUGUCAAUAGAAGACGGGCAAAAUAUAAUUACAGCUGAUCCCCACCCACGCCCUCACUUCAGACAACUUCUCUCUCACUCCGCCUUAUCAACGCAUUUUAUCGAUCAUCGGGGAUAUAAAAUUCUCGACCGAGGCCACAUCACAAACUCUGAGACACGAUCAGAGAUUGGACGAGAUCAGAAGAGAAUGGGAAUACAUCGCCCGAGGGCUUGAUAGAGUCCUGCUCUUCUUCUUUGUUACAGUAACCGUCUUAUACGAACUUUGGCUACUCAGUUUAACCAACAUUACACCCUUAAAGAUUUCAGAGGAAUUUAUGAACAGAACUUCUGGAUUAUCGUAG